AUGAGCCACCUUAAUGACCAUAGCGCUCCGCGCUCCUCUAAUGACUAUUCUUCUACACCAUAUGAUGCUACCGUCCAGGAUCUGUCGGACCUCGUGGCCGAAGAUCUACACAUCCCCGCCGCGAAUCAAAAGUUCCUCAUCACACCCAAGACAGGCCUCCUGAAACCGCCCUUCACCAAUCCCACCCUCCUCCUCUCAUCUCUCCUGGGAAAGAAGGUCGUCCUUAUGGGCGCAACCACCACCGAAGUUGCUGAGCUUGCCGACGUCGCCCGCGACCGUCACGCCCGCAUGGCCCAGCGCCGUGCUGCCCAAGCCGCCGGCCGCAAAAUCACCGCCACUAAACACCGAGACGUCAAGAAAAUCCAAGAAGAAGCGACCUACACCUUCCACACCAUCCGGCCUUUACCCUAUCUCCCUGACCCAUCCAAAAGCCAACGCUUCCUCGAGCGCCUGGCUCAAGACGCCGGCAUCCGUGCCUCGAUGCGCCGCCAUCAGUUCCGCGUCGGCCUCCUCACGGAGAUGGACCCGGCAGCACACACGACGCACGAGUCGCGCACGUUAGGCCUGAACCGCAACCGCGGCGAAGUCAUCGAGCUGCGGCUCCGCACCGACGCCGGCGACGGCUACCGCGACUACAAAAUCAUCCGCAAGACGCUCUGCCACGAACUGGCGCACAACGUCUGGGGCCCGCAUGACCGGAACUUCUGGAAUCUGUGCCGCCAGAUCGAGGAUGAAGUCGAGCGGAACGACUGGCGGAGGGGCGGGCAUGCCGUCGGCGGCGGCGGAGGCGGGCUCGAGGAGUUUUAUAAUCCUGCGGAUCCCGGUGUCGAAGACGAGGAGGCGGAUCAUGGUGGUUGGGAGGGCGGAGAGUAUGUAUUAGGUGGUGGAGGAGGAGGAGGAGAUAUUGCGGCGACAGGGCCAGCGGAUGCGACGUUGUCGAGAAGGGAGAUCAUGGCACGCGCGGCGGAGGCGCGGAUGGGGAAGCAGAGGGAGGCGGUCGCGAAGGCCACCAAGUCGGAACCGGAUCCGUCGGGGACGAGUGAGGGCGGUGGCACGUCGAAGUGA